UUUCUCUCUCUACAUUACAAUUUGCAUUGCUUGCAUGGCUGCGAAUUCUUCUCUCACUCCUCUUUUCUUCUUCUUCUUCUUCCUGCAAUUCUUCUCGUUAUUCCAUGCAACGCCAUUGGCGCCGCACUCGUCAGCCGGCGGCGGUGGCGGUUCCAGUAAUAAUUGUAGCAGGACGCACGGCGGGCACCACUGGGUGGGGCCCACCGGCAACCGCACCAUCUACGUCGACCUCGACGGCUUCGGUGACUUCCGGUCUGUUCAGGCCGCCGUUGAUUCCGUGGCGGAGCACAAUAGCAUGAACGUCCUCAUUCAAAUCGGUCCCGGGUGCUACGUGGAGAAAGUGGUGGUGCCGGCGUCGAAACCGUACAUAACGUUUCAAGGCGCGGGGAGGGAGACGACGGUGAUAGAAUGGCACGACAGAGCAAGCGAUCGCGGCCCAGAUGGGCAGCAGCUCCGCACUUACCAAACGGCUUCCGUCACUGUGUUUGCUAGCUUUUUCUCCGCCAGAAACAUUAGCUUCAAGAAUACGGCGCCGGCGCCGCUGCCGGGGAUGCAAGGAUGGCAAGCGGUGGCGUUUAGGAUAUCCGGCGACAAAGCUUACUUCUCCGGCUGCGGAUUCUACGGCGCUCAGGAUACUCUCUGCGACGACGCCGGCCGCCAUUACUUCAAGGAAUGCUACAUCGAAGGCUCCAUCGACUUCAUCUUCGGCAACGGCCGCUCCAUGUACAAAGAUUGCCAGAUACAUUCAAUAGCCAGAAGAUUCGGGUCCAUUGCGGCCCAGGACAGAAAUUCUCCCGACGAAAAAACCGGGUUCUCGUUUGUAAACUGCACUGUGACAGGAACUGGGCCGCUUUACGUGGGCCGGGCCAUGGGCCAGUAUUCCAGGAUUGUCUUUUCCUAUACUUAUUUUGAUGACGUGGUGGCCCAUGGUGGCUGGGAUGACUGGGACCACGCCAGCAACAAGAGCAAGACUGCAUUUUUUGGGGUGUAUAAAUGUUCGGGCCCAGGAGCAGCAGCGGUCCGAGGAGUAUCAUGGGCCCGAGAGCUUGAUUUUGAUACGGCCCACCCAUUCCUCGCCAAGAGCUUUGUAAAUGGGAGGCAUUGGAUUACACUUGGAGAUGCCUAGCUACACAUACUAAAUUUCAUACAUUCAUUCAUUUAUUCAUUCUUUAAACAAAAAAAUAAUUCAAAAAAUAUAUGUUUCACUUAUUUCAUUUAUUAUAUAUU